AUGGCGUUGACGCGUUCCACCGCCCCGUUGGUGUGGAUUGAUUGUGAGAUGACAGGCCUCGACCCCGAGACUGAUCAGAUCCUCCAGAUCUGCUGCUUCAUCACGAACACGCAACUCCAGCUCCUCGAUCCCAAUGGAUUCGAAGUCGUCAUCCACCAUCCGAAGUCGACUCUCGAUGCUAUGUCACAAUGGUGCAUCGAUACCCACGGUCGCUCCGGCCUCACUGCUGCCGUCCUAGCGUCCACCACCACCCCGUCUGCUGCAGCCGCAGAAUUGCUGUCCUACAUUAAACGUGUCCACGCAGACAGGGCGUUCCUGUCCAAGGGUCCCUACGCGCCGGUCCUAGAAUGGCUACACUACCGCAUCCUGGACGUGAGCACGAUCAAGGAGGCCGUGCGACGAUGGGGAAGUGACGACCUGCUGAAAGAUGCACCGCCUAAGCGUGAGGUACACUUGGCAAAGGACGAUAUCCUCGAAAGCAUACAGGAAAUGCGGUACUAUCGUGACCGGUUGUUCGGUGGGAAAUAA